AUGACGAACACGAUGAUGGCCUGCCUGCUCAUCCUGGUGGCCGUUGCCGGCCACGGAGCAGAUGGCUGGCUCAGGGGAGCCGCGGCGGAAUCUCCCCGCCUCCCUGAUGGCCCCGCGCCGGGAGAUGACUCCGUCAGUAUUGCCAGUGUGUCGUCUGCCCGCCUGGCGGGCACCGGCUCGCCCCUGAAGGGCCGCCUGGAGGUCAACUUUGGCGGCCAGUGGGGCGUGGUUUGCUCCCAUGGAUUCACGGCCAAGGCCGCGCGGGUCGCCUGCCGCCAGCUCAAGCUGGGCGGCGGCACAGUCAGCGCCAAAUUCGCCCAGGGCCGCCUGCCCUACACGGUGGGCAGCUUCCAGUGCCAUGGAAACGAGCAGUCGCUUGCCGGGUGCCGCUACUCGAUCACCAACCAGUGCCCAGGCGGCAAGGCUGUGGGGUUGGUCUGCAAGAACCCCCCAAUCAAGCAGGCGAACCUGGACAGCAACAUUUAUAGCCCCUCCCCUUAUGCGGGCAGGCUGACGGUGAUGCUGGGUCCAACCACCAACUACGGCUCCGUGUGUGAUGCCACCGGCACGUUCUCAGAUCGCGAGGCGGUGGUGGCAUGCCGCACCAUGGGCUACAUCGGUGGCAGGGUUCUGCCAAAGAGCGACUUCCUGGGCUGCUGCCCUGGCUUUGUUGCCAUCAGCAACCUGAGGUGCAAGGGCAGCGAGGUCAGCCUCAGCGGCUGCUCCUACAACAUCUCGCCCAACUGCACCCACGACCAGGAUGUGGGCGUCGCUUGCGAUGUGCCGCCUCAUGUCCAGGUGCGGCUGGCAAACGGCAAAGCCUUCAACAACGGCCGCCUUGAGGUCCGCAUCGGCGGCAAGUGGGGCACCGUGUGUGGUACUGGCUUCAACCAGGCGGCCGCCCAGGUGGUGUGCCGCAACCUCAACCUGACAGGAGGCACGCCGCGCUACGGCGCUGUGUAUGGCAAGGGCAAGUCUACGGCCGCAGCCACGGGACUCGGCGGCACGGCGUUUGGGCCCAAGCUUGCCGCCGUGCCCGGGGGGCAGCGCGGCGGCGGCGGCGGCACGCUGCGACGCCCCCGAGCCACCGAGCUGCGGCCGUAG